AUGGAGAUGCCAUCAUCGAAGAAAUAUGAUAAAACUAGAGGGCAUGAGCACUACCUGAGGCAUAUAUUGUUAUUGGAACAAGCUUCGCCUAUCGCAUUGAAGGCCAUUAUAAACAGAGAAGUGACAAAAUGUGGAAGAGAUCUUUGUAUUUUGUUGAAUGAGAAUAGUCAUACAAUUAAAACACAGUAUGAAACAGAGUUUCUUCAAUUAUUUCAAGAAGAUAAUAUAAAUGACUACAUUGAUACGUGGGACACACUUCAAUUAUGUGCUGUGACAUCAGUUUUAUUCAAAUCAGGUCUAACUGGUACAGAAGUUAAAGCUAUUCAAUGUAUAUAUGAUCAGAGAAAAGAUAUUGAAAAAUACGUAGAAUAUGCCUCCCUUACAUACAAUACCUACAAGGAGAAACAAAAAUUAUUGCACGAACAAUUACUCGAGUUGAUAACGCUCAUAGACGACCAAGCUAAUCUUGAUUGUAAACGUAUGGUAUUUUCAUUUGAAUCAAAAUUAAUGACGUUAAGCGAAUCACAAAUAGGCAAACUAACACGGACAAAUGAUAUUAAAACUCAUCUGAAAAUUGCAAUGGAAGUAAAUGUCGUAACAGAUAAUGAUAUCACUAGCGAAGAAGACGAUCAAAAGCUUCCGACCAAUUACCAAAUGUUUACUGAAACACUUCGGAACAAAAGUGUCUACAUCAAUGAUUCAGCUAUUUUGACAUGCAAACUCAACCUUCCAAUAGAUGAAAAUGUUGAGUGGAGGAAGGAUUACAAGCCGGUUGAAAUUUCAAACAAUCUUAUGGUCAUGAGCAAGAAUGGCAAUCAUUGGUUAGCGAUUUCCCGUGCAUCAUUGGAAGAUACGGGUCAAUAUACGUGUGUAUGUGGCCAUAUUUCAACAUCAGCGGACCUUACUGUUAUAGAUGAAGCAUUAAGUGUGGUCGUUCAUUUCCCAGUCAAGAUUGAGGUUAUUGAAAAUGGGAACAUUGAUAUAGAAUGUAAGGUGAAUCUGCUUGCGAGUAAACCUGUUUGGCGACACAAAGGGGAACUUCUUCGAUCAUCUGGUAGAAAGGUUAUACAAGCAAAGGGUUGUACACACAGAUUGAUGAUCACGAAUUUAACAUUAGAAGACGAGGGUGAAUAUACAGUUGACUUUGGGAAUGUCUCAUCUAAAACAACAGUUCAAAUACAAGUUGAAACAGACCUUAUUCACAGAAAACAGAUAAAACAAGAAUUGUACAGAAAUUGGAUGAGAGGAGCUCUAGCGUUAAAAUAUUUAAAAAUAGGUUUAGAGGGUUUUUCGGACAAGGCUGUUCACAAACAACAUAAUGAUCUAAUGAAAAAACUUGGAAACUACUGCAACACUUGUACAGAGGAAAGUCUUCUCCCACAUAAGCAAGAUCAAUGCCCACGACAAAGAAAACAUCAAUGUUUAUGUACCAAAGGUCAGAAACAGAAAUCAAGACAAAUGUGCCCAAACGGGGGAUUUUGUGGCAACGUUUAUAAUCAAAUAGUUUAUAAACAUCGCUUUCAAGAUCCAUUAUUCACAAAUACAGAUAUCCAAAAAUGGAGCAAUGAUGCGUGGAGUGUUGCUACAUGCUUUGUUAAUACUACUGGCUACAAAGGCAAACAAUCAGCUAAAGAUAUCGACUGCUCCGGUUUACUUAGUAUGUGUAUAAACAACAUUGAUAUAGAAAUAAUGCUUGGAGAAGUUAUCAUCGAUGGGAAAAUAGAUGCGUUUGCAAAGGCAAGGGAAGCGAGGAAUGAUAUUCUUCACAGUCCAAACUAUGAACUAUCUGAAAAUGAACUAAACAAGUUUAUCAGAAUGUUCAAAGAAGUACUAGAAAUCAAGGACAAACAUGGUAAUACACCUUUGAAAGGGGAGCCAGGCGUAGAAGGAGCAUUACGUUUACUAGAUAUGGUGCAACAAAAUCAAAUUGAGAUGAACCUUGAACGUGACAUGAGAGAAUUGAGAGAGCAUGGGAUGUCUAGAUUAGAAGAGAAAUACAAGACAGCAGAAAAACAGCGUGAACUGAAACUUCAACUUAUAGAGCAACAAAUAAAAGAUAAAGAAAAUGAGCUUCAGCUUAUGCUAAAUCUUAGAUCUGCAGGAAAACAAAAUAACCUUAAAGAGCACAUCUUGCUUGAUCUACAGAUAAAUGUUAUUGCUAAAAAUGGUGAAAAAAGUGCUGAAGGGAAUCAACGAGUUUAUGAAGUAAUGAGAGACUAUAUUAAAGAUAACGAUGAUAUGACUGGUUCGUCUUUUGUUGAAAGAUCAACUGAUACACCAGUCUAUCACCUCGUAGAUUUCAUCAAGGCCAUAAAGAAAUGCAGUAUCGUUGAUAUUUCUCCCACUGACCAAUCGUCAACAGACAUACACAUCAACUGCCCCAGUUCGAACGUCAUGGAAGAUUUUCUCAAGUCUAUCAUCAGUAACGAAUUUCAACAAGAACUGUUUAAUCUUAGACUCAUUUUAGCAUAUUGA